AUGGCAGUAGAUGAGGUGUCAUGUUCGUCGGGAAGUCUAACAGUCAUGCUCAACAAGUCAGAUCCAGAUAUUGCCCGUUGGAUGAGCGACCCGAAAUCACAACCAGUAGUAUACGUCUACGGCCACAAGACACUUGUGCCUUGCGGAACAUCACUGAAAAACGACAAAGGGCAGCAGAACUACAAUCUUACGAUACCAUAUGGCAAACACUGCGAUGUUCAUCUUGCUGACUUGGAGCCAAAUUACCGAACUGCAGAAACCACGAUAGCACUCGAAGACAAUGUGGACACAAGCAUAUCCAAAGUGAUCCGAAUCAAUCACGUCUUCUGCCUAUACACACGAAGUGUUCAAACGAUCAGAUAUAGCGACGUCUCAACCGCUCACGAAGUGUUGGCGUCGACUGGUGGAAAGCCGAAACCGAAAGUGGAAAUGAUGUUCCGAAGUACAGACGGACGCCCAUUGAGAACAGCCAAGUUCGGCGACACUGUGGAAUUUUACGUUGCUCUUACACCAGACAAAGCGUAUCACGGUAUCUCGCCGAAGGAGUGCAUGUUCAGCGACCGUGAAGAUAUGUUGUCGCCCGAUGCUCGUCAUCUCACGUUUGUCCAAAGCAGUUGUCCAGUUCAUGAAAUGUCAGAGAUUAUCGAUCCACUGGCUAAUGUCAAUGAGGAAGUCUAUUUUUCAAAGUUCAAGACGUUCCGUUUCGGAAAUCAGAGCACUGUAUUCGCUCAAUGCACGGUGCAGGUUUGCCUUGUUGGAUCGGAGUGUGUCCAGAAUUGCUUCAAAAGGAUUUCGAAUUCGAAUUUGACAGCGGAACGACUUCGGUUUCGUCAUAAAAGGGCAGUGAACCCGCCGUUCAGCAAAGACGACGUGUACGAUCAAGUCUCAGUGAGAGAGUCGCUAACAAUUCUGGACGAUAUGGAAACGGAAGAAGUAUCGUCAAGAUCAACAGAACAAUGUUUGGUAUCAACUUCGCGGAUUCCAGUCCCGUUGAUGCUCUCCAUAAUCAUGCUGCUAGUUUUCUGCGUUGUUUCGGCGAGCGUAGCGGUUUAUCUAGGAUACAGACUCGUGCGGAAAAGAAAGCAAACAUCACUUGACGUAUAUUCCGUGUACUCGUCCUCGAUGAGCGCUAUGGGAUCAUCUUCGACGGCUCCGAUCUAUGGAGGCUAUCCUAGGCAUCACUAUGUGCAUCAUUUGGACGACAAUUAUCGAUGA